AUGUCGACUGUCGCAGACGACCUCCUCAACGAUUUUGGAAGCUCAGGCGAUGAGGCCGAAGAAGAACUCAACGAUGGCCUCAUCAAGGAUGAAGAAGCAACCGGCAACCGUGACGCCAUGGAGUUGGAUGGCGAUGCUGAGACGAAGGACGAUGAAGAUUCAGAUGGUGGCUUGAACGACAGAGAAGACUCCGAAGCAACAAAAGUAAAGGUCGAGAAGAUGCAGCUUGGAGGAGUAAAGGAUGUUGGAAGCGUUGCCAGUCUCAUGCAAACGCUUGAGCCAGUUCUCGAGAGAAUCGCACAUUACCGAUCGCAAGCCGCGACGCAGAAUACCAACGUCGGAAACAUCGAAGAUCAUCCCGAGUAUCAUCUUCUGACGCAGUCCAACAGCCUUUCAACCCAGAUCGAUGGCGAGGUUGUCCUCGUUCAUAAGUUCAUUCGCGACCACUACUCGACGAGAUUUCCCGAGCUCGAGCGACUUGUCACGACGCCACUCGAAUAUGCCAAAGUCGUUGCCAUCAUCGGAAAUGGUCCAUUGGAUUCGGAGAGUAUCAAGGCCCUGCAGACUUCGACUGACAACCCGCUCGGAAUAACCCUCAAGUCUGUCCUUGAUGGGCCGUCACUCAUGAUAGUGACGGUGGAGGCCACCACAUCAAAGGGCCACGAGAUGACACCCGAAGAGCUUCAGCGUGUCUACAAGGCAUGCGAUAUGGUUAUUGCCCUCAACAAGGCCAAGCAGACUCUCGCCGAGUACGUGCAGUCGCGCAUGAACAUCUUUGCGCCAAACCUGACAGCCCUUGUUGGUUCUCUUACGGCGGCCCAACUCCUCAACGCGGCAGGCGGACUGACGGGUCUCUCUAAGACGCCUGCUUGUAACAUCGCCUCUUGGGGAUCCAAGAAGAAGCACUCGGGGCUUGCUACGAAUAUAGGUGUUCGGCAGCAGGGCUACCUUUACAACUCGGAGAUGAUCCGAGGUAUUCCCACCGACCUGAAGAAGCAGGCCUUGAGAAUCGUGUCGGCCAAGCUGGUUCUGGCGGCCCGGGUUGAUCGCACGCACUCCAGUCCUGAUGGAUCCACGGGAGAGGAGCUCAAAUCAGCUUGUCUUGAACGCCUUGAGAAACUGACUGAGCCACCUCCCAACAAAGGACAGCGUGCGCUCCCUGUGCCAGACGACAAGCCAUCCCGCAAGCGAGGUGGACGACGCGCUCGCAAGGCUAAGGAGGCUCUGGCCAUGACUGAUCUUCGCAAGCAACAAAACCGCAUGGCAUUUGGCAAGGAGGAGAGGGAGGUUGGAUAUGGCACUGGCGAGUCAACUGUUGGUAUGGGAAUGAUUGGUCAGUCCAACGACGGCCGCAUUCGCAGUACGCAGAUCGACCAGCGCACGCGCGCAAAGCUCAGUGCCAAAAACAAGGGCUGGGGCGGAAACAGUACCGUGGGUGGUGCUGCAUCGUCUAUCGGUGGCUUUGGCCAAGCACCUAACAUUGAUCUACGAGGGCGCGGCUUACGAGCCUCGGGAGUUGGCAGUACCAUCGGUUCAGCAACCGGCACAGCAUCGUCUUUGUCAUUCACUCCCGUCCAGGGUCUGGAGCUUGUUGACCCCAAGAUGCAGGCAGAGCUCAGCAAGAAGCGCAAGGCCGAGGAGGACCGCUGGUUCAAGGGCGGCAGCUUCACACAGGUCGGGGGGUCGGAGGGUGGAAGCGUUUUCAAGGUGCCGGCGCUCCCAGCAGCCAAACGUGUCGAUACAGGGUCAACCAAAACGAGUGCCUCAGCAUCAAAAUAA